CGUUUUAGAGUAAUGGUGAUGAAUAGUAGUGGUAUUUUGACAAUAUCAUAUCUUUAGAUGGUAUUUUAGUAAUUAGUCUUCAACGUAAUAGUAUAAUGACAAUUUCGAAAAUUGCUUCCCCUCUUCGUUUUCCUCUCCUCCCCUUUCCCUUCCACCGUCACCAAAAAAACCACACGCAUCCAACAGCAAAAGCAAAAGCAAAGCAAGAAAAGGCAACCGAAAUCUCAGCUCCCCCAACUCGAACACCACCACCAAGAAAAGCUCCUGCUCGUCUCCCAUUCCGCCUCGCCGCCGGCCGCCAUGAUCAUCAAGACCCUGAAGGCGCGUAUCCUGCGCGCGCUCCAGUCCCUCCCGGCCGCAUCCGCUGGCGCGGACUCCCCUCCGCCGUCCCCUACUGAGCCGGGCGCCCGCGGCGGCGGGGUCGCGUCCGUCCACGCCGACGCCUUCUCCGACGACGCGUCCUUCUUCGACGCCCACGAGGCGGAGACGCCCACCAAGAACCAGUCUGCAGAGCCCCUCGAGGCGUGGGAGCUCGUCAACCAGGAUGGCGGCGCGGUCCCUGCGCCGGCGGAAUCCGACCCGCUCCUGGAUUUCCCCGCCAGGUGCCCGCCGGGCGGAGAGCGCGCCGUGGUGCUCUACACCACCACGCUCCGCGGCGUGCGGCGGACGUUCGAGGACUGCAACGGCGUGCGCGCGCUGCUGGAGUGCCUCGCCGUCGCGUUCCAAGAGCGCGACGUGUCCAUGGACAGGGGCCUCCGGGACGAGCUGUGGGGGCUCACGGGCGAGAAGGCCGUUCCGCCGCGGCUCUUCGUGCGCGGCCGCGACGUCGGCGGCGCGGCGCAUGUGCUCGCGCUCCACGAGGAGGGGCGCCUCGUCUCACUGCUGCAGUCGGUGCCGGCGGCGAACGACGACAAAAAGCAACAGCAGCGCGGCGCCGGAGCCGGCGGCGGCAAGAAGAAGUGCGGGGCGUGCGGGGGGCUCAUGUUCGUGGUCUGCGGCGAGUGCGACGGCAGCCGGAAGGUGCUCGACGGCGGCCGCGGCGCGCGGUGCCGCGGGUGCAACGAGAACGGCCUCGCCAUGUGCCGACUUUGCUUGUAGGCAACUGAGGUCAAGUAAUUAGUGGUCAAUUACGCCUACUCCUCUACUGCUAAUUACUGCUGCUGCUGCUUAAUUUUAGUUUACUUCUCCUCAGUUCCUGAUGUGUUUGACAGUGUAAGUGUGAUUGGGUUCAGUGGUUGGCUCGUCAUGCACAUACUUGCUGAACUUGAGCAAUGUGUGAUGUGUAUAUAUAAAAUAUAUGCUAGUUUAGAUGUCCAUGUCAAAACCUUGCAACACAUACAUGCAUGUUUCUAUCAAUCAUUCAGUUUCCUCUUUAA